AUGGAAUAUGAAAAGUUGAAGGUUAACAGUACAUUUUUAAGUUGUGAAGGAGUACAAAUUGGUUGUAUUGGUAAUGUUGGGCAAAAACGAGUUUAUGAAAAUCAUGAACAACCGAACAUCAAAGAAGAAACAUCACCAGAGUUGACAUGGGGAAAGCAAAAAUAUGUUACAGACAAGAAUUCUUACAAUUAUGAUACAGAUGAUGAUGAUCUUGAUUAUAUAGAAGAGGAACUGAUCACAGAAGAAGAAUUAUCAGAACAAGUUGAAUUGAAAAAAAUUUGGAUUGAGGAUAAAGAAUUUGCAAAGAAUUUUGUGCACAAGAGCGGACCUGAGUGUGUCAUCAAUAAUAUGAAUUUUUCUGAUCUGUUGAGAAAAUAUCAAAUAAAUACAUAUGACAAGGCUAAAUCAGAAGGACUUGAAGUUAAAGUUGAUCAUGAUGAAAUAUUAGCAUUAUCUUCAAUUUUAGUAUUAAGGGAUCAACCAUCACAAAUAGAAAUUGAUAUAUUAGAAGAUUAUAUGUUCAAUGCAAUAUCUAAUAGUGUUAGGAAAAUAUUUAUAUCACAAGGUGCUGCCAAGACAAGUCUAGAUUCAUAUCAUGAACCAAUUUCCAAACAUAUUUAUUGUAUUUAUAGUGACAGAAUUGAAAAUUUACCAAAUAAAAAAAAGAAUUUAGUGGAAGACACUUUUACCAAUAAUGAUUUAGGCCUGAUUUUCAGGCCAUUGUUCCAUGAUGUGAAUGAUCAUUAUCUAUAUUGGUCAAAUGGUUCUUCUAAAUCUUCUAAAAAACAACAUGGUGCAUUGGAUUGCAACCUGACAUGA